AUGAUGGCCUCGAAUGUCCUAUCUCGCUUCCUCCCCCCAAACGGUGCCCCGUCUGUAUACGAAACUAUUCGCCAACACGACGACGACUCGGAUGCUUCUGAUGUGGAGGAACGUGCUGGCUUAACAUUUGGCGAUGACGUCAACCUAGAGGCACGGUUUAGCGAUCGUGAGCUUGAAGAUGCGAUGGCAGACGCUGCCCGAGAGGAAUCUCCAAGUCCGAGUGACACCUUUUUGACUCCUCAAAGAGGGCAUCAGACGGAUGCUUCUAGAUCUGGGCCUCGCCGCCGUAAACACAGCAACCCCAGGUGGAUGCAAUCAAUGUCUCCCCGGCCGAACCCCGUCGACGAUGAGGACAACGACGAUGACCAUGAUGAUGACGUUCCAGCUUCUCUUCUGAUGGAAGGUCAACAUGACGAUGAUGAUUUAAAAAUACGACUCCCUCCUCCGCCCUCGCAUCACCUUUCUGAUCCGCAACCAUCUCACCCUACUCGUUCGCCCGGUCGUAACCACAUUCGAUGGGAUAAUACUACGGAUCGGCGACCUUCCCACGAUCUUCCCUGGCGGAAUCAUCCAAGGAGCCUCUGGUCAGCAGGUCAUCCAAAUUUGGCGUUAGUAGAUCCGAAGGAGAAAGCCAUGUGGAUGUGGGCAAACGUAGAGAACCUAGACAACUUCUUGAAGGAUGUCUAUACCUACUUUCUGGGAAAUGGUAUCUGGUCCAUUCUCCUGAACCGCAUUUUGAGUAUAUUGACUUUUGCAUUUAUCGUGGGAUUUACUACAUUUCUCACUAACUGUGUCGACUAUCAUCGCGUCCGCCGGAGCAAAACACUAGACCAAAUCCUGAUUCCAAAAUGCACGAGCAAGAUGUCCAUGUCUUCGACGUUCUUGCUCUGGCUACUUUGCCUUUUCUGGAUCGGGAAAGUCUUUCAGCUGCUGUUGGACAUUAGGAGGCUCAAAAACAUGCAUGAUUUCUAUCAUUACUUACUCGGAGUGUCCGACACCGAGAUCCAGACCAUCUCAUGGCAAGAGGUUGUCAGCCGAUUAAUGGUGCUGAGAGAUUCCAACCCAGCUACUGCCGGUGCUGUAUCGGCAAAUAACCGCCGAUUACUGGGCAGCCAGUCCAAGCAACGAAUGGAUGCUCAUGAUAUUGCUAAUCGGUUAAUGCGCAAAGAAAACUAUCUGAUUGCGUUGAUUAAUAAAGACACCCUAGAUUUGACGCUUCCAGUACCGUUUUUGCGAAACAGGCAACUAUUCUCCCGCAUCCUAGAGUGGAAUAUCAACCUAUGCAUUAUGGAUUAUGUUUUCAAUGAGCAAGGCCAAGUACGGCCACUAUUUUUGAAAGAUACCCAUCGCAAAGCCUUGAGUGAUGGCUUACGACGCCGGUUUAUGUUUUUUGGGAUAAUGAACAUAUUUAUAGCGCCUUUCAUCGUCGUUUAUUUUAUGAUGCAUCAUUUCUUUCGCUAUUUUAACGAAUACAAGAACAGCCCGUCACAACUCUCAUCACGUCAGUAUACGCCACUGGCUGAAUGGAAAUUCCGCGAGUUUAACGAACUAUGGCAUCUUUUUGAACGCCGAAUCAACUUGUCCUAUCCAUUUGCAACUCGCUACAUCGACCAGUUCCCCAAAGACAAGACUACUCAAGUUGCGGGCUUCGUUGCAUUCGUUUCUGGUGCGCUCACCUCUGUGUUGGCUUUGGCAUCCAUUAUAGACCCGGAACUAUUUCUUGGGUUUGAAUUAACGCACGAUCGAACCGUUCUCUUCUACCUUGGUAUCUUUGGAUCUGUUUGGGCAUUUGCGCGAGGAAUGGUUCCCGAAGACACUGACGUCUUUGAUCCCGAAUAUGCCCUUCUCCAAGUUAUCGACUUAAUUCACUACUUUCCAAGCCACUGGAAGGGGAAACUGCACAGCGAUGACGUUCGAAAGGACUUCGCUGCAUCGUAUCAGAUGAAGAUCGUCAUAUUCAUGGAAGAGAUACUGAGCAUGAUCUUCACACCGUUCAUUCUAUGGUUCAGCCUGCCCAAAUGCAGCGAACGUGUGAUCGACUUUUUUCGCGAAUUCACCGUCCAUGUUGAUGGUAUGGGAUAUCUCUGCUCUUUUGCGGUCUUUGACUUUAAAAAGGGUACCAAUGCUAUGCCCCAGGGACAUGCCAAUCAGCGUGACAACGCAAGGCAAGACCCUCGCGCGGACUACUUUUCAACAAAGGAUGGGAAAAUGCUCGCCUCCUAUUACGGAUUCUUGGAUAACUACGGCGGCAAUCCUCGUCCUGGCCAUACAAACAAGCGCUCGUUCCAUCCCCCACCAACGUUCCCAUCACUGGGAUCUCCAUCCUUGGUCGGGCUGGGCAACGUUGGGAAUCGACAGGACCUAACUCAGACUCGCCCCGGACCGGCAACUGGAAUUGCCGGCCAACAAUCCACUUUUGGCGCAGCUCGAUUCGGGCCCCCCGGGAUCGGUGAGGUUGACUCUCCUGCUCCGUCGCUCCUUCUCGACCCGCAUCAUCAGCCAUCAGCGUCUGGAUUUCGAACCGCAAAUCGCACCACACAACACCAACGCCAUCGUCUAGCCCGCCCUCCACCAGAGCCCGUAUCCGAAUCUGUUUUCGACGACAAUGAAUCGCCUAUCACGACCACACACCGGACGGCUUCUGGGCAAAGAACAAAACCACCAUAUGCAACUUCUGGGUCAAACGGCGACCCAGGCACGGGUGACAGUAACGUUGAGGAUUCAUGGCGAAUGAAUCUAAUGGGCGAUGAAGCAGAUGACGGAGAUGCAGAUGUGGAAAACGUAGAUGCCAUAGUCGGAGGCGCUGGAGUCCUCGGGCUAAUUCAGCAGUUCCAAAAGGCGAACAAGGACAAUAGGCCUCGCGCGUCUGUCGGUCUCUGA